AUGAAAUGUCUGAGUGCCUCCAGGUUCUGCUUCUACUUGGGUUUUGUAGUGGGGACCCUCAGCCUGUACCUCUUCCUGCGCCAGCUAUGGUUUGAGAGGAGCAUGGAGCUCCCUGUGCUGGGAGGGGUCCAGGGCAGCUCAGUAGCAGCGGUGGCAGAGGAGAAGCAGGCCAGUGUGGAGAGAGCAGCCCUCGUCAAUCUCAACGUCCCGCACCACACAGGUGAGUACAGUCGCGUGGCAGAUGAGUUGUACCAGAAGGUGCGCAUCCUGUGCUGGGUGAUGACAGGCCCCAGUAACCUGCAGACAAAGGCCCGCCAUGUCAAGGCCACCUGGAGCCGCCACUGCAACGUGGUGGUCUUCAUGAGCUCUGUCGACGACCCAGACUUCCCCACCGUAGGGCUGGGGACAGGGGAGGGCCGCGACCAGCUCUACUGGAAGACCAUCCGGGCCUUCCACUAUGCCCUGGAGCAUCAUGGGAACGAAGCCGACUGGUUCCUCAAGGCAGAUGACGACACCUUCGUAGUGGUGGACAACCUCCGCUGGGUACUGUCCAAUCAUACACCCGAGGAGCCCCUCUACUUCGGCAAGCGCUUCAAGCCCUACGCCAAGCAGGGGUACAUGAGUGGCGGAGCGGGGUAUGUGUUGAGUAAGGAGGCCCUCAGGAGGUUCGUGGAGGGGUUCAAGUCCAAGGUGUGUACCCAUACCACCUCUGUGGAGGACUUGGCUCUGGGACAGUGUCUGGAGAAGAUGGGGGUUCUGGCCAUGGACUCGAGGGAUACGUUGCAGCGGGAGACGUUUCAUCCAUUCGUACCGGAACACCACCUGACUGGGAAGUUCUCCAAGAGCUUCUGGUACUGGAACUACUGCUACUACCCCAUCGUAGAGGGUCCCCAGUGCUGCUCAGACCUGGCAGUAUCCUUCCACUAUGUGGACGCAGAGCUGAUGUACACGCUGGAGUACUGGACCUACCACCUCCGUGCCUACGGCUACAGAUACCGCUACAGACCUCCACUACCGCAGGACCUGGUGGAGCGGCUGGCCCAGUCGGAAGGGGCCACUGUGGGGGCAGCUGGUAGAGGGACAGUCCCAGCUGGUAUUAUUGUUGUUGGUGGUGGAGACCAGUCCAAAAUAGAGGCAGUGUCAUAUGAAGGGGCUGCGAGUGGAAGUAAAAUCCCCAUGGACAAUAACAGGACGGCAGUCACACAGGAGAGACAGCAGUGAUUCUCUUUGGGCCGAAGCCUAACUUCCACUUAAGUGGAACGUAAACGUGGUCGUGCAUUGGUGUCAAUGGGGCUGUUUGAUUUGAAGCGUUUGAAUGUGUUUUUAAGGUGGUAACGGGAGUGUGUUGUUGUGUGAGAUGGAAACAGGACUUGUGAAAUGGUCAUGCCAGGAACAGGUUCGAUAUUUCCCACAUUGUGCACUAGUUCC